UACGAUUAUGACACGAAUAUGAUAUAUCUUGCUGGUAAAGGAGAUGGAAACAUUCGCUACUACGAGGUUGUCGAUAAUGCACCACAUAUGCAUUACUUAAGUCAAUUCCUUUCUGGAAACCCACAGCGAGGUCUAGGAUUUAUGCCAAAACGCGGCCUGGACACGUCCCAAUGUGAAGUAUUCCGAUUCUACAAGCUGCACGCGACUCGAGGCAUCUGCGAACCGAUUUCAAUGAUAGUUCCCAGGAAAUCUGCACAUUUCCAAGCUGAUCUAUAUCCUGAUACUGCCAGUGAUAAACCUGCAUUGACUGCAGAAGAAUGGGCUUCGGGAAGAAAUGCACAGCCUUUGCUCGUUUCCAUGAAGACGGGCGAGAACAUUGAUAUAAUAACAACGACUGGUACGAAUAGAGCGCCUAAAAAACUUCUGGUCCAACAAAAUGGUCAUAAUGGUGUUUCAGAAAAUAACAAAAAGAAGUUUGCAUUUUUGUCCUGCGAAACUGUACCAGAUUAUAGGCCCAUGGACACCAAUGAUACCACGCUGACCGAGAAAAACCAAAAAACGAGUUCUAACCAGAGCACAAAGUUCCACCAAUUGCAACAAAUGUUUGGUAAUGGAACAAACAAUAAUGUGGUUAAUUCUAUUAUUUCAAACGAAUUAAAUAGAGAAUCGCCUAAUAACUCACCUGCAAGAAUUAUUACGAAUUCUGAUAUAUUCCAUUCAGAAAACGAGCUCCGCAAAGCUUACAACAAGCAAUCGGAAGAACUUCGCCAAACCAAAAAACAAUUGGCAUUCUACGAGCGCAAGGUACGAGAGUUGGAGUCGAUCAUCAGGAACUUCAAAGAAAACUAAUUAUUAUUAUUGUUAAGUUAACAUUUUCAUAGUGAUAACAAAGGGCUCGGAAUGGAGAAGUUUUCUGGAAACAGAAUUUUUUAAUGUGGCAAUGAAGGUCGUCGUUUAUGUAGCUGGAUGUUUGACUAUGCUACUUACAAGGCAGUGUUUUUUGUCUUAAAAAAUAUUCAAGAUGCAUUGCUUAGGCGAUAUUUAUGAUAACAGUGUGAAAAAUUCGCAUGUUUGCGUAAGUAUUUUCUUUACUUAUAAUUAGUAGCCGGAUCUACUAAAAUUACUUAGAAAAGCAGUAGAAACUCGAUGAAGAUCUAUAAGAAGUUAAUAUGUUUGUGCACACUCUGUUGUAUAGUACGAGUAUGUACUUUUGUGAACUAAUUAAAAAAAUUAAAAACAUAUUUAAUUAAUUACCAAACUUCAAAUCGUUUCAUAUGUUUUAUGUGUGAAACGUCUGAUGGCACAACUAUAUAGUUGUUUUUAUAACUGAUUCAUACGAAGAUAGGACCGCAACAUGGCGUUCCCAUAACAUUUAUAUUUUAUCAGAGAAUUGGACCCUAAAUUUAAAAUCGCCCUUAUUUGAAUUAAAUUUAAAGCAUUGGCCUUGAAUCAUAGACCUUACACUACAUGGACUGCUAGUCGAGUAAAAAUAAGUGUAUAAUGUUAGAAGGGGACUGUAACGUCACUUGCUGAACGAGCGUUGCCGACAAUAGUGGAGCACUCCCGAUUGAUUAAACGUAAUAUACAUAGACCUUAUGAUAUAUAAACCUAUUUUAACAGGUGUUACUGUUUACUAAAGAACGGCAUUACUAAAAUGGCCCGUGUCUGUCCACAAAUAGUGGCCCACUUCUAUCUACAAUGCAUCCCACAUAAACACAAUGUAAAUAAUCGGCAAAAGUCACUUUGCAUUUCAAAGAUUAUAUGUCUAUAUAAAAUAUUGCAUAUUUACUUGAAUUUUUCUCGUUAAAACUCGAUGACAAAUCACGUAAGAGCGUACGAGGUUAAAAACUUUCUGGGCAAAAUUCUUAGCGCGUUUCUCUGUACAGUGCGAGAGUAGGUUGAUAACCUCCAAAUGCUUUUUAAAAUUUAGCAAGUAUCAAAAUAUGAUAAAUAUGUGCGCGGCUUAACAAACAUGUUACUAGCCUUAGAGUUACUGUGGUGGCCCACUCCAACCUGUGGCCGGCAUUAUUAUUGAUAUCAAAAUUCUUACAAUAUUAUCAGUUCACACAGUUGCCAUAAUAUUAUUAAAAUAAAUCUAUCACAGAUAAUAUUUGAUUUACAUUAACUAAUGUGAUAAUUGUUUUGAAUAUAAAUAAUAUCUGUUUUACACAAUCAUCAGUCCACACAAUUGCCAUAAUAUUAUUAAAAUAAAACAUAUGACCUCUGACAUUUAAUCAAUCUGGAGUGUUCCACGAUUGUCGACAACGCUCGUUCACUAAGUGACGUCACAGUCCCCUUCUAUCUUUUGACACUUUAUAAAAUGGAAAACAUCUAAGGACUAGCAGUCCAUGUAGUGUAAGGCCUUGGAUACAUAAAAUGCUACUUUAACCCUUUCAACUCGGAUGCCGCCGCUCCGGCGGCAAAAUUCAUAUAAAUCCCGGAUUUUACGAGUGGAAAGUGUUAAACCAAAAAAGUUACAAUUUUGCACGUAUUCACUAUUUGCAUUUGAAGCUUAUUUGAGAAAAAUUCAUAACAUUUAGGAUCAAUUACGAGGGUAAUUAUUUGGUAAAUAAUAUGGCUAUAUUACCCUCAUUUCUUUAUAUAAUUUUGUAGGAAAAACUCUCAAAAUACCAUGUGUUUGCUGUGCAGUCAGGCGUUUUAGAUGUAAAACGACAAACGUCAAAAAUGUUAUCAUAACUGCAUCUUUCGGAUGUGACAUGAUAACACAGAAAGUACAUAGCAUUUUACUACCAAUUUAUAUGAAGAAAGAAGUGUAACAUAGGGUUGUCAUGACAACGCUAUGUUACGGUCUAUUUUAUCGGAAAAUUAGCCUAUAUAUAAACAAAUAUAUAACUCCUCACGUUAUAAAAUCUUGCUAAACAUAUAUCGUACAUCCUUUUAAUGUAAAAAAAUGUUUAUUUUCUUACUAGAAAACUUCUCUACGAGCCUGUUUAAAAUAUUACCAAGUUUACCGAUAUUUAUAACAUUCCCAUUUUAAAUUGUUGGCAUUUUAAAAAUCGCUGUAGUUUAUAAAACGUCCCUGCUCAUCUUCAUAGUUAACACAUGUGAUAAAAAAAUUUUAAAAAUUGUGUAGACAUUCUUUUUUAGCAUAUCAUACAUAAAACGAAACACAUCUAUCGUCCAUCCAUAUCAUAGAACAAAAUUGAAUUUAGACAAUAUUUUUAUUUAAAAAAUUAUCAGAUUUAAAAACUUAAAUUU